CGGUGGUUCCGCCGAGGCGUGGUAGGAAGUGCUAGCCGUCAAUCACGAGGGAGACUCCAAACAGUGAGCCUGAAGCUGGAGAACAGCGUUUACCGGCGGAGCGGCCGGUCUCAUGAAUGAAACAAUGGCUACAGAUUCUCCUCGGAGACCCAGUCGUUGUACUGGCGGAGUCGUGGUCCGCCCUCAGGCCGUCACGGAGCAGUCCUACAUGGAGAGCGUCGUGACUUUUCUGCAGGAUGUUGUGCCACAGGUGUCUUAUGUGUGGUCAAGAGCCCUGUGUAACAAGGAGGCUUACAGUGGGUCUCCCCUAACAGAAGAAAAGGAGAAGAUAGUCUGGGUCAGAUUUGAGAAUGCAGAUCUGAACGACACAUCACGGAAUCUAGAAUUUCAUGAACUGCAUAGCACUGGAAAUGAGCCUCCUCUGCUGGUUAUGAUCGGCUACAGUGACGGAAUGCAGGUCUGGGGCAUCCCUAUCAGCGGGGAAGCCCAGGAGCUCUUCUCUGUACGACAUGGUCCAGUCCGAGCAGCUAGAAUCUUGCCUGCUCCACAGUUGGGUGCCCAAAAGUGUGAUAACUUUGCUGAGAAAAGACCUCUUCUUGGUGUUUGUAAGAGCAUUGGAUCUUCAGGCACGACACCACCGUACUGCUGUGUGGAUCUGUAUUCACUCCGGACUGGGGAAAUGGUCAAGUCCAUUCAGUUUAAAACACCCAUUUAUGAUCUUCACUGUAACAAGCGGAUCCUCGUCGUAGUCUUGCAGGAGAAAAUUGCUGCCUUUGAUAGCUGUACUUUCACAAAAAAAUUUUUUGUCACAAGUUGUUAUCCUUGUCCUGGGCCAAACAUGAAUCCCAUUGCUCUUGGGAGCCGCUGGCUUGCUUAUGCAGAAAAUAAGCUGAUUCGCUGUCACCAGUCCCGUGGAGGAGCCUGUGGAGACAACAUUCAGUCUUACACUGCCACUGUCCUUAGUGCUGCUAAAACACUGAAAAGUGGCCUGACGAUGGUUGGGAAAGUGGUGACUCAACUGACAGGCACACUGCCCUCAGGGGUGACAGAAGAUGACGUUGCCCUACACUGCAACUCAAGACGGAGCCCCUUGGUUCCAGGCAUCAUCACAGUCAUAGACACUGAGACGGUUGGAGAGGGCCAGGUGCUUGUAAGUGAGGACUCGGACAGUGAUGGCAUUGUGGCCCACUUCCCUGCCCAUGAGAAGCCAGUAUGCUGUAUGGCUUUUAAUACUAGUGGAAUGCUUUUAGUCACAACAGAUACUCUUGGCCAUGACUUUCAUGUCUUCCAAAUCCUGACUCAUCCUUGGUCAUCAUCACAGUGUGCUGUCCAUCAUCUGUACACACUUCACAGGGGAGAGACCGAGGCCAAAGUUCAGGACAUCUGUUUCAGCCAUGAUUGUCGUUGGGUGGUGGUCAGUACCCUCCGGGGUACGUCCCACGUUUUCCCCAUCAAUCCUUAUGGUGGCCAGCCUUGUGUCCGCACACACAUGUCACCACGAGUAGUCAAUCGCAUGAGCCGUUUCCAGAAAAGUGCUGGGCUGGAAGAGAUUGAACAAGAGCUGACAUCUAAGCAAGGCGGCCGCUGUAGUCCUGUUCCAGGCCUGUCCAGCAGCCCUUCUGGCUCCCCGCUGCAUGGGAAGCUGACCAGCCAAGACUCUUACAAUAACUUUACAAACAACAACCCUGGCAAUCCCCGGCUUUCUCCCCUCCCCAGCUUGAUGGUAGUGACGCCUCUUGCGCAAAUCAAACAGCCAAUGACACUGGGAACCAUCACGAAGCGAACAGGGCCUUAUCUCUUUGGAGCGGGGUGUUUUUCCAUAAAGGCUCCAUGCAAAGUUAAAUCACCUCCACAAAUUUCUCCAAGCAAAUCAAUGGGCGGUGAGUUUUGCGUGGCUGCAGUGUUUGGGACUUCCAGGUCGUGGUUUGCAAACAACGCUGGUCUGAAACGGGAAAAAGAUCAGUCCAAACAAGUUGUAGUUGAAUCUCUUUACAUCAUCAGCUGCUACGGGACCUUAGUGGAGCACAUGAUUGAGCCCCGGCCGAUCAGUACUGCUCCCAAGAUAAGUGACGACACACCACUGGAGAUAAUGACGUCACCCCGUGCCAGCUGGACACUUGUUAGAACGCCUCAGUGGAAUGAACUGCAGCCGCCAUUCAAUGCGAAUCACCCUCUGCUCCUCGCUGCAGAAGCAGUGCAGUAUUACCAGCUCCUGCUGGCCGGCUCUCUUCCCCCUGGAAGUCCUGGCCCCAUUACUCGACAUGGGUCCUAUGACAGCUUAGCCUCUGACCAUAGUGGACAGGAAGAUGAAGAAUGGCUUUCCCAGGUUGAAAUUGUGACACACACCGGACCCCACAGGCGCCUGUGGAUGGGCCCACAAUUCCAUUUCAAAACCAUCCAAACCUCAGGCCAGACCACGGUCAUAUCAACUAGUUCUUCUGUGUUACAAUCGCACGGACCUAGCGACACACCACAGCCGCUCUUGGACUUUGAUACGGAUGAUCUAGAUCUUAACAGCCUCAGGAUCCAGCCUGUCCGCUCUGACCCAGUCAGCAUGCCAGGGUCAUCCCGUGCUGUCUCUGAUCGGAGGGGAGUUUCCACAGUGACCGAUGCUGCCUCAGUUUGACAGCAGUCAUUGGUGCUAUGGAUCACUUUCCAAAGGAGUCAUGCCCAGCCCAGGCUGGAAGGACUGCAGGAGGCGAGUCUCACUUUUCUCAACAAGGAUCAUCUUUGAUGCAGGGAGCUGACAUGGGGAGAUGAUCCCUCUUAGCCACCUCUGCAAGGUGUCACAUUCAGUGACAGAGCUGGGAUCCAGAGGCUUCAGCUCUUCAGCACCAGCCUCAAGCUUUCAAGGAUACCAUGUAGCUUGCGAGAUUUAAAAACUGAUGUCUGGAGAUCAAAAUAAAAGGUUGUUCUUUUGUGGAGCCCAUAGUAUCUAAAUUAUGUGGACAGGGUGAAAUGAGGUUGGCGCUGGGCUAUGGAGCACAAGUAUCUUUCACACGUGUAGGUUCAUAUAUUCCCCCUUAUAACAAUACUCAGUUCCCUCCCUACAACCUGUCCUAGUCCAUAGCAACUACUUAACUAGUCUGCAUUUGUACAAUUUUAUUAUUUUGAGGAUGUUAAAUAAAUUAGAUCAUGCCAUAUAUGGCCUUUGAUACUUCCUUUUUGUUUUUUUAAUAGCUGAACAUAAUGCCUUUGAGGUAAAUCUAUGUUUUCCAUAUAUUAAUUCUUAUGGCUAGGGAGAGGGAGGCACGUGUUAAGCUUGUGUUAAACCAUAGGUUUAACCCUGGGACACAUACCCCAGUUUUCCUUUUCACUGUUGACUGGUAUUCUAUGACACUGAUGGACCACGGAAGUUUCACCUGUUGGAGGACAUUUGGACAUUGUUGUCUUCAGUUCAUGGCAGUUUCAAGUAACAUUGCUCUGAACAGCCACCUGAUUUGUGACUGUAUGUUUAAUUUCACAAAGUUGCCUAACCAUCAUAGUGGCUCCAUCAUCUUCUGUUCCCAUCAGCAAUGCGGGAGUUCCAGAUGUUGCAUGAGGCUUAUUGAAAUGGGUUCUCCAGCAAAAGCCAUGUGCAUUCCUCCGCCUUCCAGCCUUGUGUACAUUACCCAUGAUCCUCCUCCUCCUCCUCUCAGCCCUGUGUACAUUACCCAUGAUCCUCCACCUCCUUUCCAGCCCUGUGUACAUUACCCAUGGUCCUCCUCCUCCUCCUCUCAGACCUGUGUACAUUACCCAUGAUCCUCCACUUCCUUUCCAGCCCUGUGUACAUUACCCAUGAUCCUCCUCCACCUCUUUCCAGCCCUGUGUACAUUACUCAUGAUCCUCCUCCUUCCAGUCCUGUGUACAUUACCCAUGAUCCUCCUCCUUCCACCCCUGUAUACAUUACCUAUGAUCCUCCACUUCCUUCCACCCCUAUGUACAUUACCCAUGACCCUCUUCCUCCUCCUUCCAGCCUUGUGUACAUUACCCAUGAUCCUCCUUCCAGCCCUGUGUACAUUACCCAUGAUCCUCCUCCCUCCAGCCCUGUAUACAUUACCCAUGAUCCUCCUCCUCCCAGCCCUACGUACAUUACCCAUGUCCUCCACCUCCUUCCAGUCCUGUGUACAUUACCCAUGACUAUGCAGCUUUGUUAUUUAGGCAUGCAGAUACAGUAUGCUUAUCCAAUGUUUAUGUUGUAUUUCUUUGUAGUUAUGGGUAUUAUAAUAUAAAUACCUAUUUUUUUCUCUAUCUACUAUUCAUUAUUCACCAAUUUUGGUAAUAUUUUCUCCUCUAUAGUUCUUUCUUCCACUAUUUCUAAUGUAGUUAUCUUUUAAAUUACCUUAUAUAAACUUGGAUGGCAUCAGCGAGUGAUGUCACACAUAAUUUAGAAAUUGAAGCAUGAGAGGAAAGCUUGUUUUUAUUAACCUUGGCCUCUCUGGCUUCUCCACCCCCCACCCCCCAGGCCCUCCGGGCUCCUUUCUUUGGUUUCCUUGUGUCAGGAGAACUUCUGUAGUCAUUCUUCUACAACUAUUCUGGGAGUAAACUCACCUAAUUUUUCUUUAUCUGAGAAGCCCCCAAUGUGCCAUUCAUUCUUGGAGGAUGUUCCAGCUGGGUGUGAGUUCACAGUCUACAGUUCUUGCCUCUCAGCACUCAAAAAAUUUUGCCAUAUCUAAGCAUCACUCGAUACCCCACAAAUAUGUACAAGUAUGUGUGGGGAAAAAAUAAAGCAUUGAAAUAUACAUGCUAUGGCUUCCUUUUAUCCUGCCCUUUCUGAUAAGAGUCUGAUAGCUUUCAGAAUGUGCCCAUCUGCACCUGUCUCCUCUCUGCCUUCCAGACUCUUUCCUUGUUUUUGGUCUUCAGAAGUUCAGCCCUGGGCUGAGGCUGUGGCUCAGUGUUCAGCUCUUGCCUAACUUACACAGUGCCUUGGGUUCGAUCCUCAGUGCAGCUACAAACUAAAGCUAGUAGAGUAAGCCUAUGCAGCUGGAAAGAUGGCUCAAGAUGGCCCUGGCUGCUCUUGCAGAGGACCCGGGUUCAAUCCCCCAUCUCUAUUAGGCAGCUUACAGUAGAUUAAGCGUGUCUGCAGACACCUGCACUGCCAUGUACACAUCCACACACCCAUAUGUGUAGUUUAAAAAGAGAAACUAAUUAGAAUUCCUCUGUAUCUUCUAAUGGGCUUUGUGUAUGUGUGUGUGAGGGUCUGUUGGGCUUCUUCAACACAUACGUAGAUCGCAUCUAUUGUGAAGUAGGGUAAUUGUCCAUUGUUCUUUUCCUCAUAUCUUUUUACCCUGCUUCCUUCUUUAACUCCUGCCAUGCCUGUGGUGACAUAACUAGGACUGUUUUGUGGCUUCCUUUGUUUUGUGUUUUAAUUUGCCAGUUCUUCAUUGUGUCCCUCCAUUCUGCUGGCCUGUGACUCCUGCACUGAAUGAUUCUCCUGCCUCAACCUUCCAAGUAGUCACGAGUACAGGAGCAUGUGCUGUCUCUUCAUUCUAAGAUGUCAAUUUGAAAAUGUAUGUAUCUUUCUCUACCUCAGACUCUCAGGAGAAAAGAAUUUGCUAUCGUCCUGCCUCAGCUUUCUGAGUCUUGGGGUUAUAGCAUGUGCUGUCACACAAGGCUAGGUGAGCUUUUGUUGAUGGCAGCAAAACCAUGGGGGAGUGUGAGCCCUAGAAUGGCCAUCUAUUCUUGGAAUCACCUUCUUGAGCCUCUAGUGCCAGUGUUUGAGAUAAACCUUGCAGUUGCUCUCUUACCUGUCUUGUUUCUUAGUCUACAUUAGCCCUAUAGAAGUUCAACAUGGCUUUGGUAUUAUCUCCUCGAGUGUUGACAGUCUGACAGUAACUUCAGUAUUCUCUGCCCUUAAAUGAUGCUUGGCUGGGAGUCUCCAGACACAGCACUUCAGGCUGAGUGAGACCGACAGUGAAGUGAGGCAGAAGCCAUUAUCUCACCUCUGUGUGCACAGCCUGUGGCCUUUUCCUGUCCCAUAAUAAACAGUGUCAGCUCUGAGGAACUUUUCAACACCUAUUGACAACCCAUGUCCCUAAUUCACUCUAAGCAAGGCUUUUAAAAACAAGCCAGAGUCCUAGAAAACAAAAAAGGGAGCUAUACACCAAUCUUAUAUGGAUUUCCAUCUAGAAACCCAAAUACAGUUUUAACCAAAUCCAACACUGUAAUAAAAGUCCUAUCUACCAUGAUCAAAUAGGAGUUUUUCCAUAUUUCCUGUUACUAUACUAUAUCACUGUUAGUUGAUACAAUAAGAAAAAUGUAUUAUCCUCAAUGCUAAAAUAUCCUUUGCUGAGAUUAGCACUUCUUCCUGUAAGUUAUCUGAGAUAACUAGGGAUAGAAUCAUGUAUUCCUAAUGAAGACUUGCUAUAUUAAAACACAGAUCAAUAUUGGAUUUAAUGGGAGGUCUGUUUGGAUUUAUUCUUUUUACUUUUUUUAAUUAGAUAUUUUCUUUAUUUACAUUUCAAAU